UUUUGUGUGGAGAUCUGGCAACAGAGUUCCGUAUUCACGUCUACUUCACCACACUACUGUCUGCACGGGGAAAAAAAGUGCGAGAAUGGUGUUCAGGUAGUGGCAAAUGGACUUCCUCACUCUGUUUGGUAUAUAUGUGGCGGUGGUGCUCACCUGCAUUGCUCUGGUUUGUAAGUAUUCAGGACAUCAGCAGACUCCUCUCGGUCUGCUUUUGGACAAGUUCACAGGGAUUUUCUCUCCAUGGAUCCCACAAUGUCUCCAAAGCAUUUGCUACAGAACUAUGCACAGGCUGUUCCAUCAAAGGAACAACUUCUUCCUUUACUUGCACCUGUUACUUGAAGUGGUUGUGUAUGGAGAAUUCUCCUAUGAGGUCUUUGGCUUCUGUUUGGACAUGGGCACAAGUUCAAUCAGUUUGUGCAUUCCUUACGUUCUCCUUGCAGUGAAGUCUUAUCUGUUCUACCUGUGUUGUAGCAGAGACCCAGGCACAUUGACAAAGGCAAACCAUACUGCAGAACUGAAGGUCUACCAGUAUGAUGAAAAACUGUUCCAGCAGGGAGUCAAGUGUUCAACCUGUCAGCUGGUCAAACCUGCACGAUCCAAACACUGUAGGGUUUGCAAUCGAUGUGUCCAGAGAUUUGACCAUCAUUGUGUGUGGGUGAAUAACUGCAUCGGUGUCCAGAACACCAGAUACUUCCUUCUGUACCUUCUGAGUGUGUGCGCCAUGGCAGGCAAUAUUGCAGUGCUUACAGCAGACAUGUUGCUCCAAGCUGUUCUACGAACUGGACUCCUGCAUGCUCACUACAUUGAUGAGCAGGGUGAGCAACAGCCCGCUGGACCGCUCUUUAUCAUCCAGCAUCUCUUUCUGACAUUUCCAAAGAUUGUCUUCAUGCUGGGCUUCUUGGUAUUUGUCUUUUUCCUCUUGGCGGGUUAUUCCAUGUUUCACAUGUAUUUGGCUUUGAUAAAUCAAACCUCCAAUGAGUGGUUUAAAGGAAAAGGUCACAACUGCCAGCAUUGCCAUCCAUACUCUGCACAUAACUGCCGGACCUCAUACAAUCCAUUUAGAGGUUUCUAUCACAGGGGAAUCCUCAAAAACCUUGGGGAAAUCUUUUGGCCCUUAUGUCCUGUUCAGAAAAAAAGAAACUAGAGAA